CCUCAGCUGCAUCCAUCUCCCCUGACUAUUGACAGACACUUUCCGGCUAUUUUAGGACAAUUUGCUAUCUCUUUGCUGGCUUCCUUCCAGCGGACUCUCCCCAGCCACCCCGGACAGUCUCAUUCUUACUCAGCUUACGUCUUCUCCAAACUUCCUCCCCUGCCAGCCCUUCUCAAGGACCAUUACACUGCGAGACUCGAACGACGAGCGCCCAAACCACACCUCCUCCCCCAUCCGAUCGAUAUCUCUCCACCAGUCAAUUCUCCUGCCCUAGCCAGCUGACCGCUCUCCAAUCCGUUGUGUCCUUCUCUGUCACCAAACAUCUCUCCCAAAGAUGGUUGCUGAAGCCGAUCCUCUGCCCAAGACCUUGACCUCCUCAGAUGACCAUAACAUCACCACCCAGACUCGUCUCGCCCCUCAUGCCAACGACCUCACCGAACGUCGUCGGGCUGCCUUGGCUGAAAUCGACACCGCCAAGUUUGGUUGGUUUCAUGUCCGCGCCGUCCUCGUUUCGGGCGUUGGCUUCUUCACCGAUGCCUAUGACAUCUUCGCAAUUAACAUUGCCAGUAUCAUGUUGGGAUACGUGCUCAAACAAGGAGGAAGCUUGACAUCAAAUCAAGAUCUCGGGAUAAAGGUCGCCACCCCAAUCGGAACGUUUUGUGGCCAGCUAUUGUUCGGGUGGCUAGCAGAUGUGUACGGGCGAAAACGGAUGUAUGGUAUUGAAUUGAUGAUCAUUAUCAUCGCGACUGUCGGGCAGGCGGUUGCCGGAUCAGGUCCAGGCGCCUCCCUGAUAGGAGUCUUGAUAAUGUGGCGGUUUUUCCUAGGUUUAGGCAUUGGUGGUGAUUAUCCACUCUCGGCUUGCAUUACCUCCGAAUUUGCCGCGAUUCGGAUUCGAGGCCGAAUGAUGACUGCGGUAUUUGCUUCCCAAGGUUUUGGACAGCUCACGGCAGCCCUAGUAGCUCUCGUCGUCGUCAAAGCCUUUGAAGGCUCGAUUCGGGAUGACCUGAUCGCUGGCGAGUCGGUUGAUUACUGUUGGAGACUGCUGAUUGGACUUGGAGCGUUACCGGGAGCAGUAGCGCUCUACUUUCGAUUGACGAUUCCCGAGACACCCAGAUACACUAUGGACAUCGAAAGGGACAUCCAGGGUGCCGCUGGUGACGUGGAUGCAUUCCUUUCGACAGGUGGUUAUGCCCACGAUUAUGAAAAAUCUGCAACCCGUGCCGAGGUACCCAAAGCUUCUCGACGUGAUUUCGUCCAUCAUUACUCGCAAUGGCGUAAUUUCAAGAUCUUGUUCGGAUGCGCAUGGUCCUGGUUUGCUCUUGAUGUCGCAUUUUAUGGUCUUGGCUUGAAUUCGUCGAUCGUGUUGAAAGCAAUUGGUUAUGGAGCCGCAACCACAGGAACCAAGAAUGAACAGAUUUAUCAGACACUCGUCAAUAUUUCGAGCGGGAAUGUUAUUCUAUCCGUUGCAGGACUGAUCCCUGGAUAUUGGGUUGCAUUUGCUUUCAUUGAUUGGUGGGGCAGAAAGCCAAUUCAGCUCAUGGGUUUCUCAGUUCUUACUGUCUUGUUCAUCGUCAUGGGUACCGCGUAUCAUCAACUUAUCCAACACACGGUCGGCCUAUUCAUUGCAUUUUACUGCUUUGCAAACUUCUUUCAAAAUUUCGGUCCCAACACCACGACCUUUGUCAUUCCUGGAGAAUGUUUCCCCACCCGUUAUAGGUCCACUUCUCACGGUAUCUCAGCUGCUUCCGGCAAACUCGGAGCAAUCAUUGCCCAAGUUGGCUUUGCCAGACUGAAAGAUAUCGGAGGGAAGGAUCAAUUUAUCGACCACAUUUUCCAAAUCUUCGCCGCCUUCAUGUUUACUGGUUUGCUCACCACGUUCCUGCUUCCUGAAACCAAAGGGAAAUCUCUCGAAGAACUAUCCGGAGAAGACCAAGACGACUUUGUACAAUCGUGAUCGACCUCAUAUAACUUUUUGGAUUUUAAUUUGGGUUGAUUGAUUUGUUUGUUCAGAGGCGAUGAAUAUCCAUAUAUAAUGAACAAUUUGUACAUAAGCCCCACGGGGUGGGUGGAUUCGUCAAGGGAAAUCGCGUGGCAGAUUAUAACACAAGAGCGAACUAGAAGGGAGAUGAUGUGGGAUCUGAAUGGGGGGGCUGAAUCGCCUCCACUGUCGCUGCACCCUGACGGCCGAAAAUACAGACCGGGAACGGGGCCGGUGGAUCGGGACUGAAGCUCAGCUGGGGGGGGGGGGGGGGUUGUG